AUGUCAGAUCCACUCAUCUGCACUCACGUCUCCAAAGAGUGCCCCAUCGAACUUACAACCUACGGCUAUCGCCCUAAUCUCGGCGGCAACAUCUUCCUAGCAGUAUUCUUCGGCAUCGCUUUCAUCACCAACAUCGUCCUCGGCAUUCGCUUCCGCAUCCGCGCUUAUGCCAUCGUUCUCAGUCUCGGCUGUCUAGCCCAAGUCCUAGGCUAUAUCGGACGCGUCGGAAUGUACUUUCAACCAUUCGGCGCGAUCCCCUUCCAAGCUCAAAUCUGCUGUCUCAUCAUCGGUCCUGCAUUCAACAGCGCAGCUGUGUAUCUCAUGCUCAAGCAUAUCGUUGCGCUCUUUGGAGCAAAGUGGUCUGUGCUGCAGCCAAAAUGGUAUACCAUCAUCUUCAUCACAGCUGAUGUUGUGUCGUUGGUUUUGCAGGCUGUUGGUGGUGGUAUCACUGCGACUUCCGACUUUAGGACGGACCAUGAUAGGAUCGAAAUGGGCAAUAAUAUCAUGAUGGCGGGUAUUGCGUUUCAGGUGGUGACGUUGUCAAUAUUUGCGAUACUGGCUACUUUGUUCUGCGUCAGGAGAAUGCGAGCUCUUACUACAAAUCCUCUUGAGGGAAAUUCGCUCCAAGCUUGGCGAACACUUCGGUUCCGGUUGUUUUUGGGUGGACUCACGACUGCGUUUAUGGCGAUUUAUAUCCGAUGCGUGUAUCGCAUUGCGGAGAUGCGAGGCGGUUGGGGAAACAAGCUCAUGCGAGAGCAAAUCCCUUUUGUCAUCUUUGAGUCUGUGUGA